AUGAAAACACGGCGGCGGCAGUACGUCUCGGAAGAUCUUCUAACCGUCUCUCGGCGGCGACAGAACGUCUUGGAGGAUCUUCAAACCGUCUCCCCGCGCAAUAAACGAUCCUCAACCUUAGCGAACAAAGGAGAAAACUCAGCUGAGUCGAUCCCGAUUGAUCUCAUUAUCGAGAUACUCUUGAAACUGCCGGUGGCAUCCAUUGCGAGUUGUCGUUGCGUAUCGAAGCUAUGGGACUCCAUGAUUCGCCUUCCACAUUUCACAGACUCGAUAUCGGCCAGAUCAAAGCUCUUGUUCGCGUGCAAAAGAUACGGUAACAUGUGCUUCUUUUCGUCAUCUCAGCCUAAAAUUCCGGAUGAGAACUCGUCUCCUAUAGCCGCCGAUUAUCAGUUGAGUUUCAAAUUUUGUGGUGAUGCUAGGAAACUUUCUCGUCCUGUUCAUGGACUGAUCAUUCUUAAGUACUAUAAGAAGGGAACGAAGGAGAGGGUGAUGGAGAUAUGCAACCCUAGCACAGGGCAAUCCUUAACCCUACCGAAAGUGAAGACAGUGAGGAUUGAUGUAUACAGCUUUUUUGGGUAUGAUCCGGUUGAUAAAAAAUUCAAGGUCUUGUCAAUGACAAAGUUAAGGUCUGGAAGAAACAGGAGGACAACGGAGCACCAUCAAGUUCUGACAUUAGGAGGAACUGGGAAACUGUCAUGGAGAAUGAUUGAUUGUAGCUUACCCCAUUAUCCUCUAUGUGAUGGGAUAUGUAUCAAUGGUGUUUUGUAUUAUAAAGCUGAGGUCGACAGGUUUCAUAGCAGUUAUGGGAUAGUUUGCUUUGAUAUUAGGUCUGAGAAGUUCGAGUUUAUCGAAAAACAACUCUUGCCAUCUAAGUUGUUAAACUACAUGGGUAAAUUAGCUAUACUCAAAUGGGACGAUGAUUUUAAGAUGGUAAGAAGUAAUAGUUUGGAGUUGUGCGUCCUUGAAGAUGCCAAGAAACAUGAAUGGUCGACGCGUACCUUCGUGCUGCCCGCUUUGUGGAACGAUGUAGUUGCAGAUGUUACGUUGGACAUUGUUGGAGUCACCAGAGGAGGUGAAAUCGUCUUCUCUCGAUUACAUUCGUCCGACCUUUUAUUCCUUAUCUACUACAAUCCCGAGAGAAGCACUCUUACAAAAGUUGAUAUCCAAGGAAUGGAUGCGUUUCAGCAUUGCAUAGUUCACACUUUUCUAGAUCAUGUAGAGAAUGUGAAGCUUGGUGGAGUGUUUGGGACAACAUAA